AUGGACGAGUCGAUCACAACCGACGUGGCCAUAUCCGUGAGCGAGAAGGGCGGCAAGAAGCUAAGGAGCUCGAUCAAGACUCCAACCGGGUCAGUCGCGUCGAACAUGCCGCCUGUCAGUCCGGUGAACACCCGUGGCUCCACCACACCUCCGAGCAAGCCCGUCGUCAUUCACGCACCAAGCGGUCCUGUCAGCAUAGAGGGUACGCGCGACCGCGGCUGGGAUAGUCAUUUUCGGUGA